AUCACUGAGCGACACCACCUUCCUUCACCAAGUAAACAUGGCGGAUGUGAUGAACGUCGGGGUGAAUCUGGAGGCUUUCUCUCAGGCCAUCAACGCCAUCCAGGCACUGAGAUCCAGCGUUACAAGGGUUUUCGAUUCGUUGAAGGAUGGAAUGAAAAAUAAGGAGACAUUGGAAGGCACAGAAAAAGCUUUUAUUACCGAAUUCCAGGACAAUCUGCAGUCAGUGAACCGAGACCUCAAUGAGUUGGAGAGAUUAAGUGGUCUCGUUGGACGUCCGUCAGAGUCCCAUCCCCUCCACAACAGUGGGCUGCUGAGUUUAGAUCCAGUCCAGGACAAGACGCCGCUCUAUUCCCAGCUGCUCCAGGCCUACAAAUGGUCCAACAAGCUUCAGUAUCAUGCGGGCCUGGCAUCCAAUUUGUUGAAUCAGCAGUCACUCAAGAGAUCGGCCAAUCAAAUGGGGGCAUCGGCUAAGAGGCGGCCUAAGGUUCAGCCCAGCACGCUGGUACCGCAUCCCCAGUAUGUGGAUGACGUGAUCACCCGGAUAGGCAGGAUGUUUCCAGACAUGAGCAUAGAACUGUUCAGACCUAACGGGACCUCGGCUGUUCUUCUGGUGAGCUUGGGGAAGGUCCUGAAGGCCAUCGUCGUCAUGAGAUCUCUGUUCAUCGAUAGAACCAUCGUCAGAGGGUUCAAUGAGAACAUAUACUCAGAAGACGGAAAGCUGGACAUCUGGGGUAAAUCCCAGUACCAAGUCUUCCAAAAGGUGACGGACCACGCCACUACGGCCCUCCUCCACUAUCAGCUGCCCCAGAUGCCUGAUGUGGUGGUUCGCUCCUUCAUGACGUGGCUGCGGAGCUACAUCAAGCUCUUCCAGUCCCCAUGUCAGCGCUGUGGCCGUUUUCUGCAGGACGGACUGCCUCCAACAUGGAGAGACUUUAGGACCCUGGAGGCAUUUCAUGAUACGUGCCGCAUGUAGACAGUGGACAUGCGGCGACACAAACAGAGAGACGGAUAGUGUGACCGACUCGGACAUCUAUGUGUAUAUUUUUUUUUACUGUUGGAGACCUUUUUUUUCUUUUUUUUUAUAAAGCUACACUUCCCAAAUACCUUAAGUCUUCUUUGAACAUCUACAAACAUUGUCCUGUGAUGUAAGCUCUAAUAAGCACAGAGUCCUGGCUACUAAACUUCCAUAUUAAGCGGCUGACUUGUCUAUCAUUUAGAAGUAACAGCCUAUGGAAGUGUAAUGAAAUCACUUGCGCUUUCAGCUUGUUUUAAUGAAUUAACGAUAUAAUUACAAAAAACUCAAGAUUUCUGAGGUUUUUAUGGCACUAAAUAAAACUGCUCAGUUCUUCUGAAUUAACGAGAUAACUCAAAAUCACCUUUAAGAACUCUAUUUCAUAGAAGCACAGAUUUCCUGCCUGUUUAAAGUUUAAUCUAUCUUUAUUUUGGUUUAUGUUUAAGACAUUGGGAAACCAAUCACCUACUUGAAAAUACAUUUGGAGGCUCAGGCAGAUUAGCAGCAGCUACCACACUCCAUGCAAGUGAUACAAUUUUCUCUUGGGAUUUUGGACAGUGGAAUUUAUUUUCUCAAGUGAAUGCAUUAUGCAUCCCUAACAACCUACUCUUUUCUAACAUGAAAAAGUCUCGCUUGACGGGUGACAUAAUCUAUGAUGGGGUGACUGAGAGAAGCCUUGACGACGGCAGCUCUUUUCUGUUACGAGGUUGUCGUUGGAAGCGGCAGUAGCCUACAUAGUGUCGGAUCGCUUGAGCAAAAGAUGCCGGGCGUUGUGCUUUAUGCGGGCAUUGGAAACAACUGAAGAAAGGCGCAGGCGCUGAGAAAAAUACGUGGACAUGUCCAUAAUGUGUGGUCACUUGGGGUAUUUUUAUAUUCCACUAUAGUUUAACAAAUUCAACAAGAAAUGAACUAAAUUAUCAGGUUAUUGGCACCAGAAAGCGGGGAUCAUAAGUUGGAUAAUUUUGAAAAGACCUAACCUGCACGUCAAUCAAACCAAACAUUGAUAAUUAAUAAUUUAGAUGAUGGUGGGGGCGGGGAUUUGUUCACGUGUAGGAAACACAGAAUCGGCCAGCCACAGUAGUAAACUAUAAGUAUGUGAAGGUUUUGAGUCAACCCAGUGCAUAGUGGCCACUGUAGAAAUACAUUUAUUAAAAUCUAGCUCCAUCCCUUGUAGUGGUUGUUUUCCGGAUCAGGCUCUUCGGUCUCCUACCAGAAAUUCUCCUAGAACAUGGUCGACAGCUGGAUCCACAAACUAUUAUAACAUCGGCAAUCAUUAAUAGCCGAUGGCUGAAUUUCAGAAUUAUUACACUCAAAUAAUAUCGCACCUUAAAUCAUGCCUACAACAUUUCACAUCGUGUUUUACUAGGUCAAACAGAAAAAUAUUUUCUAUCGAUGUUGAAUCGAUAGAAUAAAAUAACAAUAAAAUAAUGCAGUCUACCU